AUGCGCCCGGAACACGGCAUCGAGGUCGUUGAUUUCUUCUUUGCCGCCGGCUCCGAGCUGCAGAUGAACCCACUAGGCGCAAAUAACGAGUUUAAGAAGACAGGAAAAUCAAGUGACGGAAAAUUUCUCAACGUCUUGGUUAAGAAUAACGGUGACGAAAGAACCGUCUCCAGCAACCAGGCCGUUGAUGCAUGGAUUCGGGAAUGGGUCGGGUGCGAGCAUGGCGGUGAGAGGAGUUACGAUGACAAGCUCGAUUAUACGUAUGUUGCCUUUUCUUUCCUUGGAUUUCAUGGGGACCGAGAUCCACAUGUACAGAUGUGA